UAGCAUGCUGGCCCAUUGAAUCAGUACACCGGGAGCGUCACCGAAAGUAGGAAGUGAUAUUAUUUUCCUGGAAGCAUAGAUUACAGUUUUUAAGAAACAUACUUGAAAAUCAUUGGAAACUACUUGAUUUCUUGAUUGGGAAUUUGAAGAAUAACAGAUUAUCAAUACCAGAUGCGAUAAGGCUGAAUUUUGGAUAUUAAUACUCUUAAGCCAUUGGAGUAUUUCAUUCAUUCAUUCAUUUCUGAGGAUUUGAAAAAGGUCAGAGGUCAUUAUGCCGCCAAUACUGGAGUUGGACAGAUCUCACGGGCUGUACGGUGUUGCUGCUGUCAGCCGUCACGCCAGCACCUCGGGGAUCUCUCCGCCGAAACGGAACAUGGACGAGAAACGGCCGUACUCCUUUCAUGAUUUCAACAGAAAAGAACCCUGUCGGUAUUCUCACCAGGUAUUCCUCUUGGCUGGGAAAAUAUUCGAUGCUCUGAAGCACCCAGUCAAAGAGGACAAUCCAUAUUUGAGAAAGAAGCAGGAAGAACUUGAUAAAAAUAAAAUGGUGCAGGUGCCUAAAUUGGAUUUUCCUGAUGGGAAAACGAAGCGACUGACAUUUGAGCUGUCUUUUGCUACUUUGAAAUAUCAAAAUUUACUGGAGGACCUUUUGGAUGAUUGUGCAGUCAUGUCUCAGUUCCCUGAGUUCAGGGAAGACUUUGGUUUGGUCAUGGUCAUCCUGAACGACUUCCAAAACAGAAAAUUCCAGCAACGCACGCCGCUUCCAGGCGAGACGCUGGACCCACACGUCACGGAGAUAGAGCAGGCUUUGUACUCUGUGAAAACCAAAUUAAAUGCCUCACUGGCCAGAAACAGAAUCAAGUAUAAUGCUCUGUCUAUAGAGAGCUUGCUGCCAGCGGCUGUACAGGAACAGAGUGAAGUAGGCUCACAUCUACCUGUGUUUGUCUGGGUGAAUCUGCUCAAAACAAGCCUGCAAUCAGUAGUGGAGCAUUUCAAAGAAGAUGGCUUCCACUUUCGUAGCUUCGAUGCAGACGAGCAGAUUGUUGGCAACCAGUUCUGGGCAGACGUUCACUGCAGUAAUGUUCUGACUUUUGCUGCUGAAAAACGUCAGGAAAUUUCCCAGCAUCCUCUAGUGGAGUGUGGCCAUAUUGUUGUACAGGACAAGUCCAGUUGUCUGGGUCCUCACUCCAUAAAGGCAGUGGUCAGUGAAGGUGAUGACAUUGCAGUAACCAAUGUGACCUCUGGACUGACCCUGGCCCAUGUGUCAAGUUUGACCCAGGAGACCUGCGGGACAAUAUAUGGCUUUGGUGUCCAGUCAGAUGACCACCUGGCUCAAGUCAAGGAGACACUGAAGCAGCUAGGUGCUAACAAUGUAAAGCUGAUAAUGGAAGAGUUCAGCAGUGUAGCUCCAGAUGAUGUGAGGUUCAGGAAUGUGAAAGCCAUCCUGGUUACAGCUAAGUGCAGCAAGUCUGGCAUCAGUAACCCAGUAGACUUUAUAGUCAAUGAAGGAGAAGACAUGUCAAUCUUGAAGAACUUGUCUGUGGGAGAGACGGACAUCUCCAGGAUGGGAGAAAUGAUGGCCAAUAAUGGGGCUGCUCUCAGACAUGCCAUGAGAUUUCCUCGAGUACAAGCGGUGGUCUAUACGACACACUCCAUAGUGUCCAGAGAGAACGACGAUGUCAUCACAAGAGCUAUCCACGCAAUAAAUACAAUCAACCAACAAAACAACAACCGUAAAUGUCAGUUCAGGAUCAUUCCUCCAGUCAUUCCUAUUGUGGAGAAAGACCUGGAGUCGAGUCCUCGCACUGUGAGAGACCGGUUUCUCAAGUUUGAGAAGACGCCAAAAAUGACAGGGUGCUUUUGUGCAGUAGUGGGACGAGAGGCUGAAGAUAAACAAGAAGCUGCCAAGGAUGUCCUUGCAAGGGCCAGAGCUAUGGGAAUACUUGGUGGUGAAGAAAAGAUGGACGUUGAUGACGACAACAAUAAACCAAACUGCAAACCUCGCAAGAAGUCACCAAAAAGAGCCAAGAGUAGUUUUGUAGCCAGGAAAAGCGGGUUAUCGCCCCAGCGGAAGGCCACAGUCUCGUUGCCGAAUGCGCAUGUUACCAAGCAGCAUCAGUCGCACUCGCCUGCUGUUAAAGUUCCGAAGAAAUCAGGCGUGGCUUUUGGCUCCGGUGUUGCCUUGAAGGAAAAGAAGAGGGAAUCUGUUGUUUCUACGUCAAAGUCUACGCAAGCUGCGACAGCAAAAACAAAAACAAUGGAGCUUCACAUAGUGAACCAUCCGAAACCUUUCAGCAAAAAGAAGUAGCCAAUUGGAAGCUGAGACCAGAGGAUGAGGACAAGGAGGAGAACAAACCAUUGUGUCCAGUAGCAGUAUAUGUACCCAUACAAGCUUGGAAAUGCAUGUGCUUUUCCACUAAUGCUGACUUCAGUUUAGAAAAUCCGGGGCGGAUUGAGGCAGUCUUCUGGGUCUUUCAGAAGAUGGUCAGAUUUUCAAGUUUACAUUGAUGGGUAUCUAAUUUUGGAUAGCUAGAGGAUGGAUCUACAAGGAUACUUUGGAAGACUGUCAGAAAAUUUCUCUGGAACCGUCCCUGAAAAUGCUAUUUUAAACUACCAGGCUAUGAUGGAAUUGACUGCUGAACCUCCUGUUUUAAUUGUGUCAAAUUGUUAAUGUUGUUUUUUAAGUUUGUCUUAUAUUAAGAUUAUAUUUAAGUUCAUCUGUUUUGUUUGAUAACAUGGCAUACGGAAAAUCAAAAUUAAUCUUUGAUGGCAAUUUAUGUUCUCAGUUUAUUUAUUUUUGUCAUACUUUUAUAAUUAAUUCAUAUUUUAAAACAACUCCGAGUUCAUAAAUAGUGGCAUUUUGUAAAGCAUUAAUUUUUUAAUGUGUAAUCAAAUUAAAUCAAAUCAAAUUUCUGAAACAACAGAAUUAGUUGAGGUCAAUCUCACAGUCUUCCGAGCACACCAUUUUGCAAAUAAGCAGAGCCCUAGUGUGAAAUGUUUUCAAAACACCCUGAGUCUAAAGACGGGCAUUGAAUAGAUGUAAGUUGAGUUUUUACUUAGCGAGGAGACAUUCAUAUUGCUUAAAAUUAAAUAGAGUUGGCAUUGUUUACAAUACUCAGGGUUUUGUCUCCAUGACUGUGAAGUGCAGGUGCUGAGACAUAGCAAAUGACAAUUGUUACCAUUUUUUUUUUGUUUCAUGUACCAAGCAAGACACUUGUUCAUUUAUGAACUUCAUUGUUUCAUGUUCAGUAUUGUUUAUUAUUGAAUCAAAUGUGUUUGAAGUAUAUUUUUGCAGCAAUUUUU